CAUCACCUAUUGGCCAUCAACCUUAGGAACUACAAUGUUAGGUCACUUGUGCCUAAGGUUACACUGGCUCACUCACCCUUCAAACCGAAUCAUAAGAAUACUAACUAUAGCUUUUCGGUGGUAGAAUAUCUGAUGAGUGGGUGCUACUUACCCAGACGGUAGCCACAAAGUUCUAACACUAAGUCUUUGUAUAACAUUUAAUUAGUAAACAAAAAGUCGCGUAUAAGCAAAGUUUGGUAAUCUUUAUUUUUAUUCAUAAUAAAAUUUAAUUUAUCCUCUAUUAUUUCUCAUCAUUUAUGUAUUUAUAUAUAAGUUUGCUUGGAUUCAUAAACAAUCUGGGAAACCAUAAUAUCUAAUUUGUUUGAUCGAACAUUGCGUUACCACGGUGAUAUACUAUUUUGUCAAUUUCGAACUCUUAUUUUUAGUACCAGAUUUUUAUCUGAUUUCUUUCGUGAAAUUGUAUAAGUUUUCAUUGUUAAAUAUUAAUCAAAAUGGGUGAAGCUCAAUUCGGUGUGCGUCAUGUUAUUGGAGUACCGGUGGCAACAACCAGAUUGGCAGAACAAGCUCUUGUCUGUAUGCCACCAAGAGCCGCUAAGUUUACUCUUAACGAAUGGAAAAUGAGCAAUGAACAACGAUGUAGAAAUACUGAGGAUCAGCAGCAAUUAGCAGAUCGUAUUUUAGGAGAAUGUGAGAGAAUUCGAGAAGAAACAGCGGAGAGAGCUAUCAUCAUGAAAGCUACGUCUGAUAGAAGGAUUGAAGAAAGAAUAGGCGAUAUUGAAUUCAACAAAAAUGAACUACAGAUGCAAAGAAGAGAAAUCUGCCUUGAACUCGAGUCUUUAAGUGUAUAUAAAAUUCGAGUGCUAGACUGUCUAGCAUCUUUACAAACAAAUGCUUUAAAUAUUUGCCGAAAGUGUUUAAUGCUUAGAGAUGGAAGAAUUGGUAUUGAUUUGGUCGUCGAUGAAGUUGAACAUGCGUUGCAACAAGAGAUUACGACAAUACUUGGAGGUCAGAGUCUAUUAAAGCGGGCUUUGGAACAGUUGAAUGAACAAAUGCGACGUCUUCGAUCUACGCGAUAUCUCUUAGAUCGUGAUCUUCAAUACAAGCAAGCAGCAAUAGAUAUUGACAAAGGUUCUCUUUCCCUAAAACCGACCGAUUUGUGUUUAUCUGUUUAUGAAGGUUACACAAGUCUUGACCCAGCAAAUAUAUCUGCCGAGGAAUAUAAUGCUUACUCUGCUAAAAAUAUUCAGUCAGCCGCUAGAGAGGUAACCAGUGCUCGUCCUAUACGUAUAUUUAUCGACACUUUGCUGAAGCAAGUUAUUGAUGAUCUUUGGAGUGCAUAUAACAAAUGCAAUCACGAGUUUAAAGAACGUAUCGAAGACACGAAGCGAGCUAAAGCAAAACUUGAAGAUAUGCAUCGCGAAACAACGGAAAAGAUUGCUGAUAUGCAAAAUAAUAUAUUGGAAUUGCAGAAAGCUUUAUCAGCCAAAGAAGGAAAUGUUGGACUAGCACAUACAAGGCUUGGAAGACGAGCUCAACGAAUUGGUGCAGAAUUGGUUAAGGAUCCUCCCGGACAGGCAUUGUACUAUGAAUGUGAAAUGCUACGACACAGUACUGAGCAACUGCAACAAAUGUUGCAUGAAGCGAAUGCUGCUUUACGUUUUUUACUCCAGACACAAAUACAAUUGGAAGAAGACAUAAAUGUGAAAAUGAACACAUUGAAAAUAGAUGAAGUAGAUUGUAUGACAUUGCGGGCAACUAUGGACUACCAUUCAUACUGAAACCACGUUAAACUCUCGGAUUUUGCUUGCGUAGAAAUGUAGUUGUUUGUGCUUAGAAAAUGAAUCUUAACUAUUUUUUAUACAAUAUUUAGCUAACAUUUAGACUCUCACUUAUAAAAGAUAAAUCUUUUUUGUAUAUUUUCUAUUUAGUACUCUGUAAAAUUCAGAAUAUUUUUGUCAAUAAUUAACUUUUAAAAUUUCAAGUAUUUAUUAGAAUAAUAAACUUAAG